AUUGUAUCGGGAACUCUGCGUUGAACGGACGUUAAACUAAAAAUCGCUCUGCUUUGAAAACGACGUCAUCGAGAACGGCGUCUGUUAAAUUCGUGUUAAACAAAAAUAGCAGCAACAAAACAAAAGAAAAUAAAAUUAUAUACUUGUACUCGCACACAUGUACAAAGGUUAUUAUAUCGACUUCAAAAAGAAGAUAUAACAACAACAAAAGUGCGGUGCCGCUAAAAUGACUUUAAAAAUAUAUCAACAGUGCAGAAUCAUAAUUCAAAUAUAAUUUGUGUGCUUAAAAAUCCAACGGCUGGACCUGGAAUCACACCAAAAUAUCGAAUUGAAUCAACAAAAUCAAAGGAACAAUAAACGCAACCUGUAGCUCCAGCGUCGACUACGACUGCGACUGCGACAGCGACAGCGACGACAACAGCGACGUCAACGACAGCAGCUCAGCUGGCGCUUUGGACGUUGUUUUCGGUCUUUGAGUUGAUUUUCGUGUGUUUUUAUUUUAUUUUAUUUAUUCGUAACGCGGAAGCUUAAAAACAAAUGCAAUUGCCUUAAAUCUGUAACCAAAAAACAAACGAAAAAAACAAGAAACAACAACAAACAGCUUUUACUUUUUAACAAGCAAUCCGUGUGGAUUGAGAAAGAGCUUUUAACAAACAAUAAGUAUGUGGUGCAUAGUGGACGUGCCGAACGGCACCCGACAGGCUGUCGAAUUGGAUCCUAAAGCGAUUGGACAGGAAUGUCUCGAAAAGGUAUUAAAGGCGCUUGGCAUCAUCUGUGAAAUGGAAUACUUUGGCCUGGAGCCCUGGACGCCCAACCAGAAAGAGUCACGCACGCGCCAGUGGUACAACCUGAGGAAUCGUCUGCACGGCGAUAGCGUCAGCAGCAGCAAUGGAAUCCAACUGAUGCUCGCACUGCGGGUCAAGUUCUGGGUGCCGGUGCACAGCAUCCUGCAGGAGAGCGUGCGGAAUCUGUUCUACAUGCAGGCACGACGGGAUCUGCUCGAGGCGCGUCUCUGCGCCCACGACUGGAGCAAUGCGGCCAAGCUGGCGGCACUGCUCUGCCAGGCGGACGGACUGCGCUUCAACGAGCAGUCGCUGCUCGCCGAGUGUCCGCUGCGGAUGCGGCGGGAGCUCCUCCAGCAGCAGCUAGCGCAGCAACAGCAGCAGCAGCUGAACAAACUGGAGCAGCAGCGCAAGGAGAAGGAACAUGUGCUCAGCUUCAAGAAGCGUCGACUGUCCAAACAGAAAUCCGUGGAGCACAUCGAGUGCUGCACAUCCAACAGCAACAGCAACAACAACAGCAACAACAACAACAACUUGCAACCCUCACCAUCAGUUUCAGCAUCCGUAUCCGCAUCCGUAUCCGCUUCUACAUCCGCCUGCAGCUCGAGCAGCUCCAGCAGUCCAAGCAACAGCAGCAGCAGCCACUCUGGACUCGACGAGAGAUUGGCCAGCAAUCCGCUGCGUGUGUACGAGGAGUACCUGAUCCUCACGAGUGAGGAGAGUGAGCCACCAGUGGACUUUCUGCGACAGAUUGCCAUCGAGCACAGGAAACUGGCCAAGCUGCCGAUGGCUGCCAAGUCGGCCAGGUACUGGCUGCUGCAGGAGAUCCAGGAGCUGAGUGGAUAUGGCGAGGAACUCUUCAGCGGCGUGACCACCAACGAGAGUGCCGCCCGCUGUGACAUUGCAGUCGGCGCACAUGGCAUCACAGUCAUCCGCGGGGAGGAAAAAGAAAGCAUCCCGUUCAGUGCCAUUGCCGCUGCCAAGUCGUUGAGGCGCACCUUUAAGCUGGAGUAUGUGGACGAUCACAACGAUCGCAAGGAGCUGGAGAUCAAGCUGCCCAAGCAGCCCAUUGCCUCCGGAUUAUACAGAUCGAUAACGGAGCGACAUGCGUUCUAUGUGUGCGACAAGGUUCGCUGCGUGGUCACCAAUCAGUUCACCAGGGAUCUCAAGGGCACCAUUGCGUCCAUGUUCAAGGAGGACACGGAGCUGGGCAAGCGCUACGUCUUCGAUAUACAGCACACGUGCCGCGAGGUCCACGAUCAGGCGAGACGCAAGCUGCACGAGCGCGGAGGCGAUGUGGCCGCCAUGGCGGCCAUCGAUGACGGCAGCAGCUGUGAGCCAGGAGUAACUGAUGACAGUGUUAUCGGUGGUGGUGGUGGUGUUGGCGGUUCCAUGGCCGGCAAGAUAGAUUUGGCCAUACGCGACAAGGAGGCGCGUGAGGCGGCGAUUGAGCGCUGCGUGGACACGCGCAUCUCGGAGGCCAUGCAGUGCAAGAUCUGCAUGGAUCGAGCGAUCAACACAGUGUUCAAUCCAUGCUGUCACGUCAUUGCCUGUGCACAGUGUGCGGCUAGAUGCAGCAAUUGUCCCAACUGUCGCGUCAAGAUCAGCAGCGUAGUCAAAAUCUAUCUGCCACCAGAACUGCGCACCAGCCAAACCGUUGCAAGCAGCAGCUGCGGCAUCGUUGGUCCCCUGGCGGAUCCUAAUCACACAGAUCCUCAGCAGGAGCAGCAGCAGCAAUUCAAUCAGACGGAGCAGAUCGAUAGCACAGCAUCAACAUCAUCAGCGGGAACGGGAGCGGGAGCGGGACAAGGAGCAGCUGCAUCACCGCCACCUGGACCAGGUCCCAAGGUGACGACGGCUGCCUAGAAUUGGCUGUGCUCGCUGCUGUUCCGGCUGAUGGAAUGGGUCUGCGUGCCGAUCGUCUGAUCGUGAUUGUGAUCUCGUGAUCUCGUGUUGCUGUUGAAUCUAUUGACCAUAUGAACUUAUCGAGGGAACAAACCAAAACCAAAUCAAAUAUGUAAAGAGUUUCUAACAAAACCACAAAACCACAAAGCUACACUUAGCCCGUAUACUCUCGUAUCUUUACUCAAGUAUUUUAUGGAUAUAUAUAUAAGCAAUUAUAUAUGUAUACUAACCACGACUAUAAAGUGCUAUUUAACCCUAUCUAAGACUUCACGAAUUAGCCUGUUUAGUACUACCUAGUAAUGCCUAAACAAAUAAUAACUAAUAACUAUUACUAUAUAAGCAAAGAUACAUAUAUUUCGAUAACAAUACGACAUGAUAUCUAUACAUUAUAAUACAUACAAUACGAUACAUAUUUGUGAAUAGUGCGGCUACUUAUAUCUGUUACUUACUAAUUUCUAAUUAGAAUUUUACGCAUAGAACCUAUAUAUAUGAUAUACUUGUACGAAACGAAACUCGAGAUGUAUUUAUUAUAAUGCUAAUGCCUAAAAACUCUUAGUAUUUAUUAUAACUAAACACUACUUGGCCUAUUAGCAGGUCCAAAAAUUCUCAUGUCGUAGCAUAACAACACACAUAAAUAUAUCUAUACAUUUGGAUAUAUCUCUUUAUAUAUAUACAUAUAUUCUCUUACUAGUUACUUAGGACAAGCGUACAAUAAUCGCAAGUAUAAGGAGCAAGUAGUACUAAGUACCUGCAAACUGCUAAAUGCGUUUCUCUGCUGCAGAUAUUAAACGUAGUCAAUAAUAAAUGUUAACAUGUUAUACCAAUCAAC